AUGUACCUAUCUUCCCAUUUAUCACAAUCUUUUCAUAUCUAUCUAUCUAUCUAUCUAUCUAUCUAUCUGUCUGUCUGUCUGUCUCAAUCCCUUCAAUUCUAUAUAUCUUUUGUGAUUUUUUGUUUUAAACGAUAUCUAUCUAUCUAUCUAUCUAUCUAUCUAUCUAUCUAUCUAUCUCACUCUGUUCAUAUCUAUCUAUCUAUCUAUCUAUCUCACCUUGUUCAUAUCUAUCUAUCUAUCUAUCUCACUCUGUUCAUCUCUAUCUAUCUCAGUCUGUUCAUAUCUAUCUAUCAAUCUAUGUCACUCUUCAUAUCUAUCUAUCUAUCUAUCUAUCUAUCUAUCUAUCUAUCUAUCUAUCUAUCUAUCUCAGUCUGUUCAUAUCUAUCUAUCUAUCUUUUUAUUUAUCUAUCUUCUUCUUCAUAUGUAUUUAUCUCAGUCUGUUCAUAUCGAUUUAUCUAUCUAUCGACCUAUCCUUCUCAGUCCGUUCAAAUUCUGUUAAUAUCUAUCUAUCUACCUAUCUAUCACGGUAUGUUAAUAUCUAUCUAUCUAUCUAUCUAUCUAUCGAUCUAUCUAUCUAUCUAUCUAUCUAUCUAUCUAUCUAUCUAUAACAGUCUGUUCAUAUCUUUCUAUCAUCUAUCUGUUCCUAUCUAUCUAUCUAUCUAUCUAUCUAUCUAUCUAUCUAUCUGUCACGGUUUGUUCAUAUCUAUCUAUCUAUCUAUCUCUGAACAGACUGAGAUAGAUUCUGUUCAUAUCUGUCUAUUUCAGUCUUCUUCAUAUGUAUUUAUCUCUGUCUGUUCACAUCGAUUUAUCUAUCUAUCGACCUAUCCUUCUCAGUCCGUUCAAAUUCUGUUCAUAUCUAUCUAUCUAUCUAUCUAUCUAUCUAUCUAUCUAUCUAUCUAUCACGGUAUGUUAAUAUCUAUCUAUCUAUCUAUCUAUCUAUCUAUUUAUCUAUCUAUCUAUCUAUCUAUCAUGGACUGUUCCUAUCUAUCUAUCUCAGAUUUUUCAUAUCUAUCUAUUUUUUAA